AUGUCGGACUUACCACCACUACCUCCUCCUCCUCCUCCACUUUUUGAAGAUGAAAAUAAUCAAGAAGGCUCCGACCAUAUAUUACCACCAGCGGUAGAGGACAAUGAGAUGCCUGACUUACCGCCACCACCUCCUCCACUCUUUGACAAUGAAGAAGACAUCUCAGAAAAUCCACUGCCCCCUCCUCCUCCACCAAUGGACUUCGAUGAAGAGCCAUCUACGAUACCUCUUCCAUCACUACAACCACCGCACCCCCACCUAGUACUGACAAACGAAGAAACUAAUGAUUUAAAAAGAAAAUAUGAUUCAAAUAUAUCUGGAGAAGAUAACUAUACUUCUGUGGACAUACAACCCUCCAAGAAAAGAAUAAACAAGAAGAAAUUCGGUGGAUUAAUACAAUCACAUAAAGUGGACAUGCCCCACGAACACUUAAGGAAAAUAAUAGAAGGACAUUCUGAUAUGGCUUCUAAAAGAUUUGAUUAUGGCAAACGUGCCUUCUUAGUCGCAUUAAAGUAUAUGCCUCAUGCAGUACUGAAACUAUUAGAAAAUAUGCCUCAACCUUGGGAACAAGUUAAAGAAGUUAAAGUUCUAUACCAUAUAACAGGUGCCAUAACAUUUGUCAACGAAAUCCCAAGGGUAAUAGAACCUAUAUAUACUGCACAAUGGUCUACUGCAUGGAUUGCUAUGAGAAGAGAGAAACGUGAUAGAACUCACUUCAAAAGAAUGAGGUUCCCAGGGUUUGAUGACGAUGAACCUCCAUUAUCCUAUCCAGAACAUAUUGAAACAAUUGAACCAUCUGAUGCUAUCACUCUACCAUUAGAUGAAAAAGAUGAUAAAUGGGUCAAAGAUUGGCUUUAUGAUCCACGCCCCUUGGCAGAUGAUAAACAGCAUGUAAACGGAACAUCAUAUAAAAGAUGGAACCUGGAGUUAGAAACUAUGGCCAAUCUUUAUAGACUAGCAACUCCUCUAAGAGAUGAAGUCACAGAUAAUAACUAUUACUAUUUGUUUAAUAAGAAAACAUUUUUCACCUCAAAAGCAUUAAACACGGCUAUUCCAGGGGGACCUAAGUUUGAACCAUUAUAUCCAGAGGAAGAAGAAGGAGAUUAUAGCGAGUUUAAUUUAAUAGACAGGAUAAUAUUUAGAGUACCAAUUCGAAGCGAAUAUAAGAUUGCAUUCCCUCAUGUAUAUAACUCAAGGCCACGGUCUGUGGAAAUCCCAUGGUACAAUGAUCAAAUUUCAUGCCUCAUAGAUAAUAAUGAAGAUCCAGACCUUCCACCGUUCUUUUUCAAUCCUUCUUUGAACCCGAUUACCUUUACUGAUGUUCUUGAGAAAGUGGAUAUGCGCAAUUAUUCUGAUGACUUUUCACUCCCUGUUGAUUGUCUUCCAUUAUUAGAAGAUGAAGACUUUAUUUUACCGGAGUUGAAAGAUGCCAUGUCUCUUUACCAUGCGCCAUACCCUUUUAAUAGGAGAUCAGGAAAGACAACGAGGGCACAAGAUAUUGCUUUAGUUAAAAAAUGGUAUUUACAACAUCCAGACGAAAAAUAUCCAGUAAAAGUAAGAAUUUCAUACCAGAAACUUCUAAAGAAUUAUGUCGCAAAUGAACUAAAAUCGAAGAAACCAAUAAACAUAAAGAAAAUCAAACUAUUGAAAAAUCUGCGGAAUACCAAAUAUUUUCAACAAACUACUAUCGAUUGGGUCGAAGCGGGUUUACAGCUUUGUCGUCAAGGACAUAAUAUGUUAAAUCUGCUGAUAUAUAAGAGAGGAUUGACAUAUUUACAUUUAGACUAUAAUUUCAAUUUGAAGCCAACGAAAACACUGACAACGAAAGAACGUAAGAAGUCAAGGUUCGGUAAUACGUUCCAUUUGAUGAGGGAAAUUUUGAAAGUCGUUAAACUUCUUGUCGAUGCUCACACUCAAUAUAGGCUUGGAAAUGUCGACGCUUUCCAAUUAGCUGAUGGUAUUUAUUAUAUUCUUAAUCAUCUAGGUCAACUUACUGGUAUUUAUCGUUAUAAAUAUAAGGUCAUGCAUCAGAUUCGGGCUUGUAAAGAUUUGAAACAUGUAGUUUACUACCGGUUCAAUAAGAUUUUGGGUAAGGGACCGGGAUGUGGGUUCUGGCAACCAGCAUGGAGGGUCUGGAUCUUUUUCAUGAGAGGUAUUAUUCCAAUUUUGGAAAGAUGGCUAGGUAAUUUGUUAAGUCGUCAAUUUGAAGGUAGAUCAAAUGAAGUCGUGAAAACUACAACGAAACAAAGAGUUGAGGCAUACUAUGAUUUAGAAUUAAGAGCAUCCGUAAUGAACGAUAUAUUAGAAAUGAUACCAGAAGGUAUAAGACAAAAUAAGGCAAGAACAAUACUGCAGCACCUAAGUGAAGCGUGGAGAUGUUGGAAAGCGAAUAUACCCUGGGAUGUACCUGGUAUGCCUGAACCCAUCAAAAAUAUCAUCGAGAGAUACGUUAAGGCUAAAGCAGAUAGAUGGGUUUCAUCUGCACAUUAUAACCGCGAACGUAUUCAACGUGGGGUACAUGUCGAAAAGACAGUAAUGAAAAAAAAUUUAGGAAGAUUAACAAGAUUAUGGAUCAAGAAUGAACAAGAAAGACAGAAUGAGAUUGAAAAGAACGGUCCAGAGAUUACACCAGAUGAAGCAACAUCAAUAUUCUCUACAAUGGUUGAUUGGCUUGACCAACGAAAUUUCUCACCAAUCCCCUUCCCUCCUUUAACAUAUAAAAAUGAUACAAAAAUUUUGGUUCUUGCCUUAGAAAAUCUUAAAGAUGUUUAUGCUUCGAAAUCUAGAUUGAAUGCCGCUGAAAGAGAAGAAUUAGCUUUGAUUGAAGAAGCAUACGACAAUCCUCAUGAUACAUUAAAUAGAAUCAAGAAAUAUAUUUUAACACAAAGGGUAUUUAAACCGGUCGAUAUUACAAUGAUGGAACACUUCCAGUCAAUUGCUCCAGUAUAUACAGUUGAUCCAUUAGAGAAAAUAACCGAUGCUUACAUUGACCACUACCUAUGGUACGAGGCUGACCAAAGAAAACUUUUUCCUAAUUGGAUCAAACCAGGUGAUUCUGAGAUUCCGCCACUUCUAGUUUAUAAAUGGAGUCAAGGUAUAAAUAAUAUAUCUGAUGUGUGGGAUGUUUCCAAAGGGCAAUCUACCGUUCUUUUGGAAACUCAACUAGAUGAAUUGGCCGAGAAAAUUGAUUUCACCUUAUUGAAUAGGUUAUUACGUCUUGUCAUGGACCAGAAUAUUGCAGAUUAUAUGACGGCGAAGAAUAAUGUUAUAUUGAACUUUAAAGAUAUGAGCCAUGUCAAUAAAUAUGGCCUCUUAAGAGGUCUGCAGUUUGCUUCCUUCAUAUAUCAAUAUUAUGGAUUCGUGAUCGACCUCUUGAUUUUAGGCCCAGAACGAGCAUCCGAGAUGGUUGGUCCCGUCGAUAAUCCAAAUGAUUUCAUGCAAUUCAAGAGUUUGGAAGUGGAGAAAAAACACCCAAUAAGGAUGUACUGUAGAUACUUAGACAGAGUAUACAUAUUACUCCAUUUUAAUGAAAGAGAUGCGGACCGGCUUACUGAUGAAUAUCUUGCAGAGAACCCAGAUCCAAACUUCGAGAACGCCAUUGGGUAUAACAAUAAAAAAUGUUGGCCAAGAGAUGCUCGUAUGAGGUUGUUGCGUCAAGAUGUGAACCUUGGGCGCGCAGUUUUCUGGGAAAUCCAAGGCCGUGUUCCUAGCUCAUUAACAGUUUUAGAUUGGAGCACAUCGUUUGCUUCCGUUUAUAGCAAGAAUAAUCCAAAUUUACUUUUCACUAUGUGCGGAUUCGAAGUUAGAAUAUUACCCAAGCAUAGGACAGCUGAAGUCCUUUCCACAGAUGAAGGUGUAUGGGAUCUUAUCAAUGAAGCUACUAAACAAAGGACAGCCAAGGCCUUCUUAAAGGUUUCAGAGGAAGAGAUUACUAAUUUUGAGAGCAGAAUAAACGGUAUUUUGAUGGCGGCAGGUUCUUCAACUUUCACUAAAAUUGCUGCAAAAUGGAAUACUGCACUAAUAUCGUUAUUCACUUAUUUCAGAGAGGCAACAGUCUCUUCUGAAAGGUUACUAGAUGUUUUAGUCAAAGCAGAGACGAGGAUUCAGAAUCGUGUUAAAUUAGGUUUAAACUCUAAAAUGCCAACACGUUUUCCACCAGCAGUAUUCUACACACCGAAAGAAUUAGGUGGGCUCGGGAUGCUUAGUGCAUCUCAUAUCUUAAUUCCAGCCUCCGAUCUUAAUUAUUCUCGACAAACUGACACGGGUAUAACACAUUUUAGAGCUGGUAUGACUCAUGAAGAAGAAAAGUUAAUUCCAACAAUAUUCCGUUACAUAGCUACAUGGGAGAAUGAAUUUUUAGAUUCAAGAAGAGUUUGGGCAGAAUAUGCUACAAAACGUCAAGAAGCUUUCCAACAAAACCGCAGAUUGGCUUUUGAAGAAUUAGAAGGUUCAUGGGAUAGAGGUAUCCCUCGUAUCAGUACGCUAUUUCAAAGAGAUAGGCACACCUUAGCAUAUGACCGAGGCCAUCGUAUUCGUAGAGAGUUCAAGAAAUAUUCUUUAGAACGUAAUAGCCCAUUUUGGUGGACUAACGCUCACCAUGAUGGUAAACUUUGGAACUUGAAUUCGUACCGUACAGAUGUAAUCCAAGCACUUGGUGGUAUAGAGACAAUUUUAGAGCAUACACUAUUCAAGGGUACUGGCUUUACCUCAUGGGAAGGUCUAUUUUGGGAGAAAGCGUCAGGAUUUGAAGACUCUCUUCAAUUCAAAAAGUUGACUCAUGCUCAAAGAACUGGUCUAAGUCAAAUCCCUAAUCGUCGUUUUACACUUUGGUGGUCACCUACUAUUAAUAGAGCUAAUGUUUAUGUUGGUUUCGUUGUUCAAUUGGAUUUGACAGGUAUAUUCUUACAUGGUAAAAUCCCCACUUUAAAGAUAUCGUUGGUUCAAAUCUUCCGUGCUCAUUUAUGGCAGAAAAUUCAUGAAAGCGUUGUUUUUGAUAUAUGUCAGAUUUUAGAUGGUGAAUUAGAUAUUUUACAAAUAGAGACUGUAACAAAAGAGGCAGUCCAUCCACGUAAAUCGUACAAAAUGAAUUCGUCAGCAGCUGACGUGACAAUUGAUAGCACCUACCAAUGGGAAGUUUCAAAACCUUCCUUAUUACAUGAAACUAACGAUAGGUAUAACGCUGCUCUAACAAAUAAAAUGUGGGUUGAUGUUCAACUAAGAUAUGGUGAUUACGAUUCUCAUGACAUAUCUCGUUAUGUUCGUGCCAAAUUCUUAGACUAUACCACUGAUAAUGUUAGUAUGUAUCCCUCUCCAACCGGUAUAAUGAUCGGGAUUGAUCUAGCAUAUAACAUGUAUGAUGCCUAUGGUAAUUGGUUUAAUGGUUUAAAGCCGUUGGUUCAAAAUAGUAUGAGGACAAUUAUGAAAGCAAACCCUGCCUUAUAUGUUUUAAGGGAACGUAUAAGAAAGGGUCUCCAAAUUUAUCAAUCUAAUAUCCAAGAGCCAUUCUUAAAUUCGUCAAAUUAUGCUGAACUAUUUAAUGAUGAUAUUAAAUUAUUUGUCGAUGAUACUAAUGUUUACAGAGUUACUGUGCAUAAAACUUUUGAGGGAAAUGUUGCAACAAAGGCAGUCAACGGUUGUAUCUUUAUAUUAAACCCCAAGACAGGUCAUUUGUUCUUAAAGAUUAUCCAUACCUCUGUAUGGGCAGGACAGAAACGUCUGAGUCAAUUGGCUAAAUGGAAAACAGCUGAAGAAGUGAGCGCAUUGGUUAGAUCAUUACCAAAAGAGGAACAACCGAAACAAAUUAUUGUUACCCGUAAGGCUAUGUUAGAUCCAUUGGAAGUUCAUAUGCUUGAUUUCCCUAAUAUUGCUAUGAGACCUACUGAACUAAGAUUACCAUUUUCUGCAUCUAUGUCGAUCGAUAAGUUAUCUGACGUUGUUAUGAAAGCAACUGAGCCACAAAUGGUAUUAUUUAACAUAUAUGAUGAUUGGCUGGAUAGAAUUUCUUCUUACACUGCUUUCUCGAGAUUAAUUUUACUAUUACGUGGGUUAAAGACUGAUGAAGAGAAAGCGAAGAUGAUUAUAUUAGGUGAUCCAACGAUCCCAGUCAAACCACACCAUUUAUGGCCUUCAUUUUCUGACGAACAAUGGAUUAGCAUUGAGUCAGAGAUGCGUGAUUUGAUUCUUAAUGAAUAUGGGAAGAAAUAUAAUGUGAAUAUCUCUGCAUUAACACAAACAGAAAUUAAGGACUUAAUUUUAGGCCAAAAUAUUAAAGCACCAUCUGUGAAGAGGCAAAAAAUGGCUGAAUUAGAAGCUGUGAAGACAGGAGAUAAUGCAGACGUAGAUAAUAUAGGUGGUUCUACUGUUAUGAAAACUAAGAAUAUUAAUGCUCAAGGUGAAGAAAUUGUGGUGGUGACCUCAAGUAAUUAUGAAAACCAAAAUUUCAGUUCGAACAAUGAAUGGAGAAAAUCUGCCAUUGCUGACAGUUUACUAUAUUUACGUUUGAAAAAUAUAUAUAUUUCCUCAGACAGUUUUGUUGAAGAAAAGAAUGUUUAUGUCUUGCCAAAAAACCUUUUAACUAAUUUUGUUCAAAUAUCUGAUGUGAAAAUUCAAAUUGCUGGUGUUUUGUUUGGUGCUUCUCCAGUUGAUCAUCCGAAUAUCAAGGAAGUCAAGACAAUCGUGUUGAUACCCCAAUUAGGUAGUAGUAGAGGUGUCAAUAUGAGUGCGGCACCGAAUAGUCAAUCGCAUCCAUAUCUGGAGAAUCUAGAAUUACUUGGUUGGAUACAUACCCAAACGAACGAAAUCAAAUUCAUGUCGGCGAACGAAGUUAUGACUCACACUCAAUUAUUCGAAGAAAACUACACUGAUGUGAUCGAUCUGUCAGUUUGCUCUGUUCCUGGUUCAAUCUCUCUAUCCGCAUACAAUUUGAACGACGAAGGUUACGAAUGGGCUAAAGAAAAUAGGGAUGUUACAAGUGAAAUACCCGAAGGGUUUGAGCCUACAUUUAGCUCACAAGCUCAAUUGUUAUUAUCUGAUCGAAUUAUAGGUAAUUUCUUAGUCCCAGAAUCUAACGUGUGGAACUUUGCCUUCAUGGGUCCAAGUUUCAAUAAGGAGAUAAGCUAUGAAUUGAAAUUAGAUAUCCCACUUGACUUCUAUAAUGAAGUACAUCGUACGACGCAUUUCCUUCAAUUCAACGAGUUACAAGGCGACGAAGAAUUGGAAGCUGAACAACAAGAUCCAUUUGCAUGA